AUGUUCUUUCUCUACAUUGUGGUAGCAGCGGUUCUGCGGUAUACGCUGGCAUUUUCCCCUUCGUUUCUACCCUGCCAAGUGAAGAAGCCUGCAUCCCAAUCAACACUUACCGGUUGUCCUCCCGGGACUAUAUUGGUGUCGAACGAUGAUUUUGAUCCCGAUGCAUCGUUCAGCAGUAUCCAAGAUGCGAUUUUGUCACUACCGGAUCUGGGACACGCUACAAUCUUAAUUGCAGAAGGACAGUACCAAGAGACUCUCAACGUCACUCGUAAAGGGCCUCUAACACUUUUGGGCCAACUGCCAGCGGGGUCUACGAUAGCAUCAUUCGCCAACGGGUCGGCUUCGAACCUUGUCCAGGUAUGGAACAACCAGUUCGUGCACACUGGAAUGGAUGACGCCGACUCCGCAGUGCUGACCGUCGCGCCCUCGUACGAGGCUGCGUUGAUUGGUUCCGGUCCUACCGGCGCUCCUUUACAGCCGCUCUUUGGAAACACAGACUUCAGGGCAUAUAAUAUCGAUUUUCAGAACCGUGCAGCGAACUUUGCUAUUUCGCAAGCGCUGGUGACAGAUAUUUCCUACGCAAACGCUUCUUUCUAUGGAUGCUCGUUUGCCAGCUAUCAGGAUACGUGGUAUACCGGCAGAAAUGGAAGCACGUACGUCUUCGAUAGCGUCAUAUACGGACAAACGGAUUAUCUUUUCGGGUUCGGCACUGCCUGGUUUCAGAAUGUUGUUCUUGCCAAUCGCGCGUGCGGUGGCGGUAUUGUCGCGUGGAAGGGUACUAAUUUAACAGAUGCACCCGGAAACCGGUAUGGUGCAUACAUUUCUGACUCUCGGAUCAUUCGAUCUCCCGAUGCGAAUGCGACUACCGACAUAACCGAGAGGUGUUACCUUGGGCGGCCUUGGAAUGACCUCGCCACUACUGUGUUUCUGAGUACCUUCAUGGAGAACGUCAUCCAGCCCGCUGGAUGGACUCCCUUCAGUUCGGACAGGUACGAUCGGAUAGUCCCAUUGAUCUUUGCUGACGAGCAACGCGAUCGCAGACCCGAGAUUCUGAAUACAACGUUCUAUGCGGAAUUCAACUCUUCAGGCGAGCCGUCUCUUUCCCUCUCGCUUGCCUGUAUCUCAAUCAUCUAUACAGGACCCGGGGGCAAUACUUCUGCUCGCAUUUCCCUGGAACAUAUUUUGACCGCUGAUGAAGCACGAAACUUCACGGGUGAUAAGGUCUUCUUGGAGCGUCCAUCCUGGAUCGAUCACUCGUACCUGUCGUCCUUUGAGCAGUAG